UCUACUACGUAUACCAACUUAGUUAGUACUACCCAACAAGCAUACUAAGCUAGCUGAAACAGUUACAGAUCAGGCCUACACGCUUCACUACUGUCUCUCUGAAUUGAAUUUGCGCGCGAAUGGCUAGAGGCAAUUCCGAAUUCGUAUCGUUUUGGCGCGUCGACCCGCCGCCACCACACUGCCCGCCUCCACCACCGCCGCCACCUCCACCUCCUCCUCCACCUCCACCGCCACCGCCACCGCCACCGCCUCCGCCUCCACCGCCGCCACCGCCACCGCCGCCGCCGCCACCACCGCCGCCGCCACCGCCGCCGCCGCCGCCGCCGAACAACAUCGUGGUGAUAGUGGUCGUCCCGAUCGCCGGGCUGCUGUUCCUCGGCCUCCUCGCGGGGCUGUUCCUGCUGGCGCGGGCGCGGCGGCGGCGGAGGGCGGAGGCGGCGGAGGAGGAGACGAUGGAGGAGGUGGACGACGUGGAGGUCGCCCACCACGUGCGCGCGGAGGAGCACGUGGUGGCCGGGCCGUCGGGGGAGAUGCUCAAGGUGCUCGACGUCACCGACGAGGUCGACGUCCACGAGCACAUCGUCCGCCACGAGCACGAGCACGAACGCCAUGACGUCGUCGAAAGGGAAGGAUGACCAUGGAUCGAUGCCAUGGUCUCUGAUACUGUCAGUCUGUCAGUCUCUUCGUCGAUCCAAGCAUGAACAGAAACCUGAUUUGUCUCAAUUAAUUAAUUAGCAGAAUUGUUAGUUAAACUGUGUGGAUAUAUAUGUAAGAGUGUGUGUGUGUGUGUGUGUGUGUGUGUAUAUAUAUAUA